AUCGAUCUUCUCAAAUUGCGUGCCCCAUCUCUCACCUUCACGAAAGUCGUUACUCACUUCAUUUGGCCUCUCCCUCUCUCUCUCUCUCUCUCUCAACUUUCUCUCUCUAGAAAUCCCUCGGCCAUGGCUCCUGCAUCAAAAACUCAAGGUGAGCAAUCAAAGGAGGGUAUGGGUUCUCAUGUCGGAUUGCCGGCGUUGGAUCUCUCUGCUGCUUUUCCACAGGCAACGCCAGCUUCAGUUUUCCCUCCACUGGUGUCAGACUACUAUCAAUUUGGUGAUCUUUUAAGUUCUGAGGAGAAGGCUUUGCGCAAAAGAAUUCGGGAGGUCAUGGAGAAAGAAAUUGCUCCUAUCAUGACAGAGUACUGGGAGAAGGCAGAGUUCCCUUUUCACGCCAUUCCUAAGCUUGCUAGCCUCCAUGUUGCUGGUGGGACAAUAAAGGGUUAUGGGUGUCCAGGCCUCUCUAUUACUGGAAGUGCUAUUGCUACUGCUGAAAUGGCCAGGGUUGAUGCAAGCUGCUCUACAUUUAUUUUGGUGCACUCUUCUUUGGCAAUGCUUACAAUAGCAUUAUGUGGAUCUGAGGAACAAAAACAGAAGUACUUGCCGUCAUUAGCUGAACUACAUACAGUUGCUUGUUGGGCUUUAACUGAACCGGAUUAUGGAAGUGAUGCCAGUUCUUUGAGGACCACUGCAACAAAGGUAGCUGGAGGUUGGUUGUUAGACGGCCAAAAACGUUGGAUAGGAAACAGCACUUUUGCUGAUGUACUGAUAAUUUUUGCUCGCAACACAAGUACAAACCAGAUAAAUGGAUUCAUUGUAAAGAAGGGUACCCCUGGUUUGAAGGCAACAAAGAUUGAGAACAAAAUUGGUUUGAGAAUUGUUCAGAAUGGGGAUAUUCUCAUAAACAAAGUGUUUGUCCAUGAUGAGGACAGGCUUCCUGGUGUCAAUUCGUUCCAAGAUACGAGCAAGGUGCUUGCUGUCUCACGUGUUAUGGUUGCGUGGCAACCCAUUGGUAUUGUAAUGGGGGUAUUUGACAUUUGCCACCGGUAUUUAAAGGAGAGAAAGCAAUUUGGUGCUCCAUUAGCUUCAUUCCAGAUUAACCAAGAAAAACUUGUUCGUAUGCUUGGCAAUGUUCAAGCAAUGUUUCUUGUUGGUUGGCGAUUGUGCAAGUUGUAUGAAUCUGGAAAAAUGACUGCUGGUCAUGCUAGCUUGGGAAAGGCCUGGAUAUCGUUACGAGCAAGGGAAACAGUUGCUCUUGGUAGAGAAUUAAUGGGUGGAAACGGAAUAUUGUCAGACUUUUUAGUGGCAAAGGCUUUCUGCGAUUUGGAGCCAAUAUAUACAUUCGAGGGAACUUAUGAGAUCAAUAGUUUGGUGACUGCAAGAGAAAUCACCGGGAUCGCUAGCUUCAAACCUGCUGUGCGCAGUAAAGCAAGUCGACUGUAAUCCAUCGGGUGGUCUCGACAAUUACCCUGGAUCAUACUUGGCUUGAUUCCAUUGUAAUCAAUGGUGUUGAAGUUUACAGACAACGGUGACAAUGGGAUAAAAGUCGGAAUAAAAUUAAAAAUGGCAGAUCAUGUUCUGCUUCAAGUUGUUGUAACAUUAACUCUGCUUAUUAUAUAUGCUCUGUAGAAGUACACAACGAAGGAUUUGAAUGCUGCACUUUAUGAAGUCGUAUAAGAAUGCGUCACUUUGUAGAGCCUCACCGGAGAAAACAGGGAUUUGAAUGCUUGCACCAGGCAGAAAACUUUGUAAUUUUCAAUGAAGGGAAAUGAUAGUUGUACUGCAAGACUUGUUUUGCUCUUGUACCCCAGACACAGAAAAGUGGUGUUCACAGCAACCAAUAAUUUCUUUUUGCAAUUUACUAUAAUUCUUUUUUUUUUGUGUGUGUGUGUGCGUGUGUAAGAAUAAUAUAGCUCUUGUGGAAUAAUAUAGCUCUUGUGUACAA